AAGGCUGCACACACCGAGCGAACGGUUAGUGGCCACAGGACGACGUCUCCAGGACCGGUUUUAUACGAUAAACCCACCCUAAAUGGGUUUAUCACCAAACCGGCCGUUAGUUUCGUUGCUCCCGUUUACCUCUACCGAUCGUCGUGGAUGGAUUAUAGUAUUUACGUCUCACCGAGAAGCCUUACAACGCCCAGUCAGCAGCGGCGGCCAUAGCUCGGUCCUUGACGCUGGAGAGUACUGUAAUCUGCACCGGCAAUGGCGGUCUUCAGUCACCAGGUGCUCUUUGCAGUCACAAGAUCAAGGGGAUCAUAUUUGUUGUCCAAGAGGCACAGCUGCUCCUCUUUGUCUUCCAAAGCCUAUCUCCACAUAGACCCUCCCCGCCACGUCUUGUCCUCGUACCCACUCAGGCACUCCCGCUACGGCUACCCCCACUGUUACCGAGGCCACGGCCACUGUUCCGCCCUGCUCGCCCGCUCUCUGCACAGCUCAGGUGUUUGGCUCCAGGAUAUAAAGCAAGAGGACACUAAAGCUUCACCGGCUCUCGCCCAGGAAGCUUCUCCAGGAGCUAAAAAGGACUCUGUGACCACUGCGCCCCAGUCUCAACCCCCUUCAGCUCCCGCUCCAGCGGCCGCCACCACCACAGCGGCUGCCGUCCCUCCGGUGCAGGAGAGGGCAGUUGUGAAAAAGUCUCUGUAUCAGAGGAUUUUGGAUGAGUUGAAGCAUUACUACAAUGGCUUCCGGUUACUUGGCAUCGACAUUAACAUUGCAGGCAGGAUGGUGUGGAGGCUGCUGCAUGGACAAGUGCUCACACGCAGGGAGAGGAGACGGCUGAUGAGGACCUGUGCUGACCUGUUCCGUCUGGUUCCCUUCAUGGUGUUUAUCAUCGUUCCCUUCAUGGAGUUCCUUCUUCCCGUCUUUCUCAAACUCUUCCCAGAGAUGUUGCCCUCCACCUUUGAGACAGAGACCAAAAAGGAGGAGAAGCAGAAGAAGGGUCUGGCUGCGAAGCUGGAACUAGCCAAGUUUCUCCAAGAGACCAUCGCUGAGAUGGCCCGAAGAAAUAAGGCUAAAGCUCAGACAGAUGAUGAAACGCAGCGAUUCUCCACAUAUGUUCAAAAGGUCCGGGGCACAGGCGAGCAGCCCACCACGAAGGACAUCGUCCGGUUUUCAAAGCUGUUUGAGGACGAACUGACGCUGGAGCACCUCGAGCGCCCACAGCUGGUGGCUCUGUGCAAACUGCUGGAGCUGCAGCCCAUCGGCACCAACAACUUGCUGCGUUUUCAGCUGAUGAUGCAACUCAGGACCAUCAAAUCAGAUGAUGAGAUGAUUGCAGCAGAGGGUGUGGCAGCUAUGAGUGUGUCAGAGUUACAAGCAGCAUGUCGUAGCCGUGGGAUGAGGUCUCUGGGUCUCACCACGGAUCAGCUACGUCUGCAGAUGCAGCAGUGGCUGGACCUUCACCUGAAGGAGAAUGUUCCUCCAUCGCUGCUGCUGCUCUCCAGAGCCAUGUACCUGACUGACCUCAAACCCAAACCCCCAGUCAUCCCACCUGUUCCCAAACUAGAGAAAGCUACUCCUCCCCCAGCGGAGAAUACAGGAGCAAACACAUCCCCAGUCAGUACUGACAUGUUGGCAGACCCUGCUCUCAUCAUCAAGGACAGACCGGUGGAGGAGAUGAGAGACAAGGCUCCUGUGGUCUCGGACAAACCUCUGACACCUGCCGAAGUCCUUCAGGCCAAAGCAGCGACAGAGGUGACGCAGAAGAGCAAGAUGAGUGCCAACGGUGUUUAAAGAGGAGCAGGAGCUUCCGGACUGAAGUGGAGAUAGACUCAAACUGAGCUCUGUCGUCAGGGGGGGGAGAGAAGAGUGACAGAGUCAUCGAUGGUUUAUAUUAUAUUACAUUACGUUCUAUUACUUUCUCCCCUCUUUAGACAAGAGGGAGACGAAGCAGUGUUUCUGGCAUUCGAUAACAGCUGAUCACACAACUCAUCCAGGAGUCCUGUUCCCUCCUCGUCCUCCUUUCUGUUAACACCCAGGAAAGGUCUGCUGUUUCUCUAGCUUUGUCUCACCAGUAGCUUCUGUGUACCCUCAACCCUGUACCGUCGCUUUCGUGCACUCCGUUUACUAUAACCCUCCGUUAGAACUGGGCAAACCAGCCUGAAAUCUCAUUGGACUGGCUGCCCAUUAAUGGUGUGAUUUGUUUGACCUAAUGUCCUCAAAGUGACGCCCAAACCGCCCAUGACUGAUCCUGGUCAGCUGUCUGUUUGAUGGUGUCUCCCUACAGUCUAGACAGCCUCCUCCUCCUCCUGUAAAUUUGUAAAUAUCUUGUAUAUUUUCAGCUCUCUUACAUCACAGCAGCAGCUUUGUACAGUUUGCUAUGCAAAGGCCUAAUGUCUCUUGAAAAUUUUCAAGUUUUUCUCUCUCAGCAGUUUUACUUUGUUUUAUUUGCGUAGCUUUUUAACUCCUGUUCAGGCUGAGAGAGAAGUUAUCCAUUUUUCUGCUGAGCCUUUUGGCUCAGUUUCUGUCCCUCCUUCAUCUUUGCUCAGUAAGCUGGACCACGCUGAUGUGCUGAAGUAGACACCAAAAAGACGGCACAAACUGAACCUGCAAUUGAAUAAAAUGCAAAAGGUUCAGUCAUAAUCUGAUUUUGUCAGCGGGUGGACCAGCAGCUUUGGACCGGCUCUGCCUCUGAACAGGGCGACUAAAGGUAGUUUCUUGCUGCUGUAAUGAGUAAAUGAAGACUGUAAUGUUAAGAGAGUGGUCACUCCUUAAACCCAGAGGUGACUGUUGUAAAGUGCGGUCUGUCGCUGGUGGUAAACCACUGAAUGGACAAUCUGUAAAAAACUAAAACAAAAACCCAAACUCUUUGGGUUUAUUUGCAUAUACACUGUAUGUAUUGUGUUUUUAACACUAUGACGCUAAGAUCUCUUUAAACUAAAAAGAGAAAAUCCUUGAUGUUAUCCAUAAAGAUAUAUUAUUAAUGUGGGGGAGAAGCCACAAAAGCCACAAAUGAGAUUGUUAUUUUUGGUAUUGUGGCACUAAAAGAGGUAGAUGUGUAGCAAUAUGACUGAUCGCCCGACUGUCCUACUUCAUUAAGCUCUAACGAUAAUACAGUAUAUGACCCUACUAGUUGUUAUUGGAAGGUUUACUACAUAGUUGUGUACUGUAUAAAUACAGUUAUGUGUGUUUUGUAACCCUCUCAUCCCCCUUUAAACUUUUGACAUUCAUGAGUCACUAAUUUAAUUGCACCUGGAUGAAAGGUUGUCGUUGCCAGUUUUCCUCAUUGCUAUUUAUCCAUAGGCACCUCCCAGAGGUGGAUGCCAUAAAUGAAAGGAUAUUUUUUUAAGCAGAUUGAUUGCUAAUGAAGAUUUAUAUUAUUGGUUUUACAUAUGUGCCUAAGGUUAAAGGGCGAUUGGGUUCAUGUUUGCAUUUUUCAUCAAAGAACAGAUUUUCUCUGUUAUAUCUGUUUGUAUUUGAGUUUGAGAAUUCACCUCAGUAUGUUUAUAAAUGCCCAGUUGCACCUUUUCUCUUUAGUGGAAUGUCUCCUUUUCCCUUCCCAUUUGAUCCGAGUAUCAAGACGAAUCCAAAUGAAUCCUUCCCUUACCAGUGUUGAUGCUGAUGGAAAAACACAUUUUCAAUCAGAUCUGCUCUCGUGGGGUGAAAGAGAUAUUAAAAAAAAAAAAAGGAUUAAUUGAUAAAAAUAAAAAAAAAUAGUGCUUUAUCGUUUAUGGUUUGUGCUCUGCUGCAAUAUUUUAAAAAAAAUCCUGAGAUUUCCCCCAAACUUCCGAGUGGAUGUGAACUGAUUUAUGCAGCAUUUAUGGUAGUUUUCUAUAGAAACAAAUGGUGCUUUUUAAAGAGUGACUUAUGACGAGAGACCACCUUGCAAUAGGAUCACAUCAGCUGCACACUCAUCAACAUGUUGAUGUUCCCACCCAUUAGUACUCGGCACUCAUUGGUCAGAUGACACCCAUCUUUGAACUCGGCCUUCAACCACACACCUGUAAAAGUUUCAUGACUGUAUCUUGCACGGUGUGACAGGUGUGUUGUACUUCCACCUGUUUUGAAGUGCAUUUUAAUUUGCGCAUAAAAACAACCUUGAGUUGAGAAAAUUUUAGAAAGUAGAAUUUUAAAAAUAAAUCUUGAAAUAUAUCGAAAAAUUGGCGUUCCUAAAUUCCUACAUUGUUUUCACCAUUUGAAGUUUGACUGGUGCUUUUUUAAAUGUUGCACUGUCCUCCUCUGCUGCAGUGGUUUAAUGGCACCUGACUGGUAAAUCAGCGCUACCAGCUCCUAAUAUUCACCCAAACAGCAAUGAGAUAUGCAUUAAUUUGCAUUUUCUGCCACAGAUUUUCUUGAAAUUCGGUUAAAUUUGGCUCCACAUUUGGAUAGUAACCUAGCUACUGAUGGGUGUGGUUGGGUUUACCUGUAACCACAGGGAACUGGAGGUCAGUUAAGUUGCUCUUUAACAACACGUGUCAUUGCCCUGUUGAGAAAGACAUGUCAUGUUGUUGAAUUGAUCUGCUGGAAGAUCUCCUGACUUGAUCUGUUUGAUGACUGGUACUGUGUACUGCAAGAUUAAAAGAUUGCACAGAAAUUAAACAAUGUGGACGACUCGACUGGUUUCAUAUUUCUGCUUUGCCACUCAGAAUGAAAAAGCUGUAAAUUUCUACCCCAGUUAUUGGACAGGAUGCAUCUCCCAUCUAUUCGUCCUAUCUCAUACUAAAUAACCUUUUCUCCUGUCAACUCUUGGAGCUGUUUGUUUCCUUUUCAUUCUUUUUAGCAUCAUAUUGUGUGGAAACUAUUAGUACCUACUGUCUCAGCUGGUCCGAUGCAUCAGUGCCAUCAUGAUGCGUCCACUUGUCUACAGGCUUGUUUCUUUCAGUUCAAAAUUGCACUGCUGCUCAGUUAGUCAUUACCCUGCAUUAAAUGUAUGCGUCACUUUACCAUGGCAUAUGAGUGUUGAGGUGAUGAAAAACAAUUAAUCACAUGAUUAAAAUCAUGAAACCCUUUA